AGAUUAUCCUUUGUGACGUACGAUUGUGUGGAUGAUGUCGUACAGUGUGAAACCCUGCUUAUACCUGUUUAAAUGACAAUCCGGGUCUUCCUGAUGAGGGUUUUUGGUGAUACAUGUCUGGCAACCCUGAUCAACCCAAAUAUGGCACCCCAAACUCUUCGGGCUGUAUAUAACUGCGCCAGUCCACUUUUGGUUGGAGAACCUUUACACACACGCUGCAAGUGGACGUUUAAACUCUAGACUUUUGUAAACUUCUGUUUAAAACUUGGAGAAGAUGGCGGAAGGUGAUUUCUACCCCCUGGGCAGCAGGCAGCGGAUUGCGCGAGACCCGUUCUCCACGCACUUCAUGGAUCCGGACUUCUCCGUGCCCAUGUCCGCGUUCCCGGAGGAUCUGUCUCUGGACUGGCCUGGCUGGGCGCGCCCCCGACUCAGCGCGCGCCUCGGCUCACCGUGGACUGGCUCGUUACGCUCCUCGUUCCCCCGCACCUCCAUGAGCGCGCAGUCCCAGCGAGGCGCGCCGCCGGUGGACCCGGACGAGCCGUGGAAGGUGUGCGUGAACGUGCAUAGCUACAGACCGGAAGAGCUCAGUGUCAAAACCAAGGACAAUUUCGUGGAAGUUGCAGGGAAACAUGAAGAGAAACAGGACGAGGGAGGAAUCGUGACGAAGAACUUCACAAAGAAAAUUCAGAUCCCUGUGGAUGUGGACCCACUCACGGUGUUUGCAUCUCUUUCUCCUGAGGGAGUGCUGAUCAUCGAGGCGAGACAGACCCCUCCAUAUUACCUGUACAGUAACGAGGCUCCGCCCGAGUACAUGGAGGAACAGCAGGAACCUACCACGGCUUAAAUGUCCACUCCUCCGAGCUGGUGGGUGUGGGGAUGUGAUUUUUGUACGAAAUUCUUACCGCAAUUUCCAACUUGAAAUGUCAUUUAAUGUAAAUGUAUGGCUAAAACUUUCUGAAAACCAAACGUUUGUGGCUAAGACUAUCACUAAAACAUUAUACUAAUUUCGGGUGUAAGGGAUUAAUUGAUGGCGUAGCGAGGGUGUGGUGCGGUUAAACGACCUCGUGUUGCUCCUCCUUGUUGCUAAGUUACCUUGCUAGCAGUGUGCUCCUGUGCCAGCCAGUUAGCAUCGUCAGUGAACAAAAAACAAACAAUCUAAAUUUGGGCCUGAAAACCAAACAUUUGGAAACAAAAAAGCUAAACGUCAUCAAAACAUUAUGCUAAGGGAUUGUUUGGAAGAAAUGAUGGCGUACUGAGUGUGUUUUCUUCAGUGUGUCUGUUACCAUCGGGUUAAAUAACAUCUCGCUCUUUCCAACCUUGCUAGUAAACUAGCUAGCUAACAAUAACAUCCUGUGCUAGCUUUAUCCAGCUGGCUAAGGUAGCAUUCUCAGUCAACAUAUAAUACAGGCAGAUUACCUCAGCUUUUUUUAUGCUGUUGGUUUCAUUUUAAAUUUGUGGCUAAGACAUAAUAAUAAUAAUAAUAAUAAUAAUAAUAAUAAUAAUAAUAAUAAAAACCAAACAUUUGGAAACAAAGACUAUACAUCACCCAGACGUUAUGCUAAUCUGGGGUAAAAAGGCUUGAAGGGAUUGUUUGGAAUAAAUGAUAUUGUAGCGAGGGCAUGGUGCAGAUUAAAUGACAUCUUGUUGCUCCUCGCUAUCUUGUUAUUAAAGUUAGCUUUCUAGCAACAUCUUCCAGUGCUAGAUUUAUCCAGCUGGCUAAUCUUAGCGUUGUGAGUGAAUACAUAACACCAGCACACUACCUCAGCUUUUUCCUGCUGUUGGCUAAUGGGCUAAUGAACAACUGACCAAAGGUGAGGUUUUAAUUUGAAAUUUGUGUCAAAGACAUCCUGAAAACCAAACAUGAGCUAAAUAUGAAGUUAAAUAAGUUAUGCUAAUGUGGGUUACAGAGAUGUGAAUGGAUUGCUUGGAACAAAUGAUGGCAUAGCAUGUUUUUUCAGUCUGUCCACAGACGUGUGGUGGGUUUAAAUCAUGUCUUUUUUUUGCUCCAGAAUAUUCAACAAAACAGGCUAAUUUUCUUUGAUCUUAUUUUCUUGGACACCUCAAUAGAUUAGACUUCUUGCAAAAUUGGGUUUCAGCUGAUAAUCUAAUACCAGUGUCUUUGAUUGAUGCUAACUGUAUCCACGCGGAAUGUUACCGCUAGCUAAAUAAAUUAGCAUCCAAGUUAUUUUAUAAGAAUAUAAGAAUGAACUUGGCAGUAAUGGAUUAGCAAUAGCAUUUCUGUUCAUCAAAAUCUGAAGUGAAAAGGAGGUAAAAUAAAAAAAAAAUUAAAAAAGAAGGUGGUACAAACGACAGCUAACGUGGACGUUUGCUAUCAUUUUCCGCUUUAGAUAGCGAAGUUAGCAAGCUUGAAGUAACUUCCUGUGCUAACUUUAACCAGCUGGCUAACUUUAAGUGAAGAUAUGACAGAUUUAUAAUAUAAGAUAUAACAGUUGAUGUUUGAUGUUACCUCAGCGUUUUCCUGAGGUAACAAUCAGGAGGCUGCUAGCGGCAAGCUAACGGUGAGGAUUUUACAGGAGUUUUCUUCAUUCUUGCCUUUGAGAGUUAGUUUAAUAGCCUACAAGGAACCAUGGAGAGAACAUUCUGUGUAGGAACGGGUUGGAAACGGGUUGUACGGUGGUUCGAAGCAAAUUCUGUAGAAACGAAUCAACAGUAAAAUUCAAUUAGCGAAGUCUACAUGUGUGGUUUAUGGAGGAGGAUCAGCAAAGUGCGAUUCCAGGAAUAAAUGUACUCUACACCCUAAAUAGUGUGUGUGUGUGUGUGUGUGUGUGUGUGUGGACAGAGAGAGAGAGAUCUGUUUGAGUGUUAUAUUUUAUGAAAACCAGCUCUUGUGAGCAUUUGGGAGAUGCAAGUUUUCUCUUGGAGAUGCAGUGUGUUUUAUAACUAAACAUAUUACAAAUUGUUAUCCUUUUAAUUUAUCCGCAAUUGAUCUAUCCUUAGUGGAGACACUAUUUUAUCAUUUGGUGUUUUGUUUUGUUUUUUUUGUUUGUUUUUUUUUCCUUCUUGGUACUUCAUCGGGUGUAAAUAUAUUGUUUGUAACUCGUACUGAGAAAUUCUAUACAAUAAAAUGUCUUACAAAAAGGG